AUGAGACAACAAGGCCAAAAUUCGGGCGCUCAACGGCCUCAGCAUCGAUUGCACCAGCAUCACUCACUCCCAGACCUCGUCCGCGACUCCAAGUUAGACACUCGCUUUCUCCCCGACGGCGCGACCCAACACACCUUCUAUGUGACACCUCCUCACGCCAGCCGGAGACAGAGGGCCCGCGUUGAUGAAGUAUGGCGCCGUGAACGCAAGCUUGGCAAAGGCGGAUAUGGCGAUGUGUGGCUGGAGAGGUGCGACUCCGGUCCCUCAACCGGAACUCUCCGAGCCGUCAAGGAGAUGCUGAUAAAACCACUGAUGGACUACUCGAGAGAACUGGAGGCCAUGACUAAGUUUUCCCACGAGAAGUAUGUUGAUUGCUUCGUCAAAUGUCACGGCUGGUACAUGUCCGAGCACACAGUCUUUAUAGCUAUGGAGUACCUCGAGCAUGGCGAUUUAAAUGGAUACCUCUACCAGCCCUUACCCGAGGACCAGGUUAAGACUAUUGUCUUGCAGCUUGUUGAAGGUCUCGUGCAUAUGCAUGACAACGGCUUCGCUCACCGGGAUCUCAAGCCAUUAAAUAUCCUUGUUCAUAAGCCUGGCCCCGACUGGUGGGUCAAGAUCGGUGACUUCGGCAUUUCCAAGCGCUCCGAGGAGGAUAAUACAGCUCUUCGGACCACUAUUGGAACAGACGGUUACAUGGCCCCGGAGCUUAAAGGCUUAAUUUACUCCCAGGGUUCUUCAGAGUCCAACGAAUUUUCCUAUACAUUCGCCGUUGACAUGUGGGCAUUGGGCGAGCUCACAUUCAGGAUGGCCACUCGACGUCCUGCCUUUCCGGAUCCAAAUGACCUUGUUAACUACGUUCUUCGCGGACAACCUUUCCCAUUGCCGGCCCUCGAAGUCAUAGGGGCGAGCUCAGACUGCUGUGAUUUCAUUAAUAAGUCUAUGAUAGCCGACCCUGGAAAUCGUCUCACAGCCUCCGAGGCUUGUAGGCAUCCCUGGUUACAGCUAUCAAGACCAUCAUCGCGGGCUAGCUCUGCAUCGCCAAAAACGUGA